AUGAAUCCACUACGAUUAAGGGCAUCAGUACUACUCAGUACUGCUCUUUUGAUACUAGUGAUAUGGAACAUCAGACAGAACUCCGGAAAUCCCGGGAGCCCCGCGUAUCAGACAAGGGACGUGUAUCAGACCAGGGACGACUCGCGCUUACAUCUACUUAGCGCACCUAAUUCCAAAUUCAGUGAGAGAAAGGAGACGUUAGACGAUGGAGAGACCAUUAUCUAUCAUAAGGACUACACAGAAGACUUGGUUAGAGAAAAUGCUACCUUGUUUAGUCUCGUACGGAACGGCGAGCUCUACGAUAUGUUACGAACCAUCCGAAAUUUCGAGGAUAGAUUCAAUCAGUUCAAACAUUAUGGAUGGAUCUUUGCCAACGAUGAAAAAUUCACGGAGAGUUUCCAGAAUCAGGUGAAAAACCUAUGUUCUGGAAGUGUAACGUUUGUUCAUCUACCUGAGCAAAUGUGGAACUAUCCCGAGUUCAUCGAUCGGGCCAAAGCUGACCAGGCCAGAAGAAAGAUGCAACGGCAGCAGAUUAAGUACGGGGGUAGUGAAUCCUACAGACAUAUGUGCCGAUUUUUCUCUGGCGUCUUCUAUCGCUUGGAGGCUAUGAAGAAGUACAGAUACUUUUGGAGGGUGGAACCGGACGUUGAGUUCAAAUGCUCGAUUAAGUAUGAUCCAUUUGAGGUGAUGAGAAAAGAAAAUAAAAUGUAUGGAUUUACAUUGGCACCUUUAGAAUUGCAUACUACGGUGCCCACGCUAUGGAAUUCUGCACUCGAAUAUAUGGCGAAGUAUCCCGAACGUAUUGCCCAAGAUAACAAUUUUCUGUUUCUGACCGAUGAUGAUGGAAAGACGUUUAAUAUGUGCCAUUUUUGGUCGAACUUUGAAAUCGGCGAUCUAGAUUUCUUUAGAAGCGACAAAUACAACCACUUCUUCAACUUUAUGGACCACAAGGGGGGUAUUUAUUAUGAGAGGUGGGGCGAUGCGCCAAUCCAUUCAAUAGCGGUGUCAAUUCUAUUACCACAUAAUAGGUUGAAGCAUUUUACCAGCACUGGAUAUUUACACAAGCCUAAUUUGCAAUGCGACGGAAGUUCAGAGAUGAUGAUUGAAAAUGAAUGUAUAUGCUCACCAGAGGAUGAUGGGUCAUGGGGAGAUCAGAGCUGCAUUCCUAAAAUAUAUGAUAUACAUAAAGAUUGGCAAAGGCCAUGGUAUGCUCCCAAAGAGAGAUAUUUACCGAUACACGAUAAUAUCUUAAGGAUGAUGGAAGAGAAGAGAAUUCAGCUUAGGGAAGAGGGAAUAACUGAAGAGGUUAUUGAAGUUAGGAUGAACGAAUACCUAGCAUCAAUCCACUCACCUGAGGAGGGUGAAUGA